UUUCUCAAACAGCUCAGCAACUUGUUAUGAUAUGUUUUAGCGUGUUGACCUUUAAAACCACAUUUUAGUUUUUGUCCAAAGGAACCAUUUCCUAAUUGGCAGCUAAAGCACAUUGUUAGAGAAAUGUCUCAUAUAUUGAUCCACUUGUUUCUUCAUCUAAUUUUCUUAACUGUAACUCUAGCACAACUAGUAACACCCCAUGAUCAAUGUUUACCAACAAGAUGUGGCGAUUUCGGUCCGGUGAUUCGAUUCCCUUUUCAUCUCAAAAAUGAUCAGCCAAGUCAUUGUGGAUACCCUGGUUUCGAACUAUCUUGUACUUCAAAAAAUAUUACUCAAUUCAAUCUCCGAUUUCCAAUACAAGCAACUAUCAACAAAUUCGACAUUUCGAUAUCAGCUAACGUUUCUGUUCAGGAAAUUAAUUAUAAAUCACAGACAAUAACAUUAUCAGACCUCAAUGCUUCGUGUCUUCCUAGACAGAUCGCAAACAUAAACUCCUCUGCUUCCAUUUUUACUUUUGAUCCGAACGCGUAUGGUGGAUUCACUUUAUUCAAUUGUUCGUCAAAGCAAAAAUAUUCAUCGGCUUCUAUUCGAAUCAAUUGCCUUAGCAGUCCUCAGUAUGAUGUCCUUGCUUUUAGAUCUUACAAUAGUAUUUCUGAGUAUCCGUCAUCUUGUACAAUCAUGUACAACAUUUCAGAUGUUCCAUACGAGCUACUUUACGGGAAGCAAGAAUAUAGUUAUACACGAAUUUUUCUGCAUUGGUCUCAACCAUUUUGUGGGAAUUGUGAAGAGGAUGGGAAGUACUGCAAGUUGAAAUCAAAUAGUGAAACUGAAUGUAUUGACAUUCCAGAAGAACUUAGCAAAGGGCUGUCAAAGAAAGUUACUGUUGCCAUUGUAUUAGGUAGCCUGUUUGUCUCUGUGUUAGUCUCUCUAGCAGUCUACAAGAUUGUCAAAUUGAAAAUGAAGAAAGAGGAUCAGAAGAGGAUAGAGAGUUUUUUGGAGGAUUAUAAAGCUCUGAGACCUACAAGAUACAGUUAUGCAGAUAUCAAAAAGAUCACAGAGCAAUUUAAGUAUAAACUUGGUCAGGGAGGCUAUGGGAAAGUAUACAAAGGGAAGUUAUCAAAUGAAAUUCUUGUCGCGGUUAAGGUACUUAACAAUUUCAAGGGUGAAGGGGAAGACUUCAUAAAUGAAGUUGGCAGCAUAGGUAGAAUUCAUCAUGUGAACGUUGUACGUUUAGUUGGAUAUUGUGCUGAUGGUUAUAGACGAGCUCUUGUGUAUGAAUAUUUAUCAAACGAUACACUUCAAAAGAUCAUAUCAUCAGGGAAUGGAAGAGGGUCAUCAUCACUAGGUUGGGAGAAGAUGUUACAAAUAUCUGUAGGAAUUGCCAAGGGACUCGAGUAUCUCCAUCAAGGUUGCAACCAACGAAUUGUUCAUUUUGAUAUCAAACCUCAUAAUAUCUUGUUAGACCAAGAUUUCAAUCCAAAAGUUGCUGAUUUUGGUCUUGCAAAGUUGUGUGCCAAGGAACAAAGUGCUGUGUCAAUGACUGCUGCUCGAGGCACUAUUGGCUAUAUCGCCCCUGAAGUGUUCUCCAGGAACUACGGAGAUGUGUCAUAUAGAGCAGAUAUAUAUAGUUUUGGCAUGUUGUUGCUUGAUAUGAUUGGUGGAAGGAACAAAUUUGAUGAUGCUGCAAAGGCGGAGAAGAGUAGUAGUCAGAUUUACUACCCGGAGUGGAUGUACAAACAACUCGAAAAAGGUGAAGAAAUAGCAAUCCAAAUCGAGCAUGAAGAUGAGAACAGCAUAAUCAAGAAACUAGCAAUUGUAGGACUUUGGUGCAUUCAAUGGUUUCCGGCAGAUAGGCCAUCCAUGAAAGUUGUGAUUCAAAUGCUAGUAGGAGAAGGCAUUCCCAUAAUGCCACCAAAUCCAUUCGGCUCAAUGAAUUCAACAGACAUGAAGACUAGUGCAGAGAGAAGCCAAUAUAGCAGUGAGAUUCAGAGAAGUUCUGUGAGUCGCUCUGAUGCAUAAUAUAUUUUUCAAAUAAGGUAUAAAUUUUGGUUGUUGUAAAUUCUACUCAAUAAAAAUGGAACUCAUUUUUCAAAA